AUGGGAGUAAUCGAAUCACCCUCAAGCACCACUUCAGGCUCUGCCGAAGAGAUGGCUCAAGCCAUCACCGGUCAUGAGGAUUCAGUUUUGCCCGUUGCUAUUGUUGGCAUGGGUAUGAGGCUGCCGGGUGGGAUCCAUACUCCUGAUGAACUUUGGGGCAUGCUUGUGGAGAAGCGUUCCACCCGAUGUGAGAUCCCCCCAACUCGAUUCUCAGUUGAUGGGUUCCACAGCCCAAGCAGUAAGCCAGGAUCCAUUGCCAUGCGUCACGGCCACUUCUUGGACGAUAAGGAUGAUCUGCAUAGGCUGGACACCUCCUUCUUCUCCAUGGGGAUGACCGAAGUGAGCGAUAUUGAUCCGCAGCAGAGGAUGCUCUUGGAAGUGGCCUACGAGUGUAUGCAGUCAUCAGGCCAAACGAACUGGCGUGGUAGCAAUAUAGGUUGUUACGUUGGCGUAUGGGGAGAGGAUUGGCUUGAUCUUCACAGCAAAGACUUAUACGACUCGGGCACAUAUCGUGUGUCGGGUGGCCAUGACUUUGCCAUUUCCAAUCGUAUCAGUUACGAAUACGAUCUCAAAGGCCCCUCUUUCACCAUCAAAGCCGGUUGUUCAUCAUCUCUGAUAGCUCUUCAUGAAGCGGUAAGGGCCAUUAGAGCCGGUGACUGUGAUGGUGCUAUCGUGGCCGGCACGAACCUUGUAUUCUCACCGACCAUGUCUGUGGCCAUGACGGAGCAAGGAGUUUUGUCCCCAGAUGCUUCAUGCAAGACCUUUGAUGCAAAUGCAAACGGUUAUGCAAGAGGCGAGGCAAUCAAUGCCAUCUUCUUGAAACCUCUAAACAAUGCCCUGAGGGAGGGAGAUCCCAUCAGGGCUCUUGUCAGGGCAACGUCUUCAAACUCGGACGGCAAAACACCCGGCAUGUCUAUGCCAAGCUCUGAGAGCCAUGAAGCCUUGAUACGGAGGGCGUAUGGGGAGGUUUUCCUGGACCCCAAGGACACUUGUUUUGUCGAAGCACACGGAACCGGCACAUCUGUGGGCGAUCCGCUGGAAGCCACAGCAAUCGCCCGUGUUUUCGGUGGCUCAUCAGACAACAAGCUCUACAUCGGGAGCGUUAAGCCGAACCUUGGACAUAGCGAGGGUGCUUCAGGUGUGUCGUCCGUUAUGAAGGCCGUUUUGGCUCUAGAGAACCGCACUAUUCCUCCCAACAUCAACUUUUCUACGCCGAAUCCCAAAAUACCCUUCUCCGAGAUGAAUAUGGCGGUACCAGUUGAUGCGAUCCCCUGGCCUCGAGACCGGCCACUUAGGGUCAGCGUCAACUCGUUUGGAAUAGGGGGUGCAAACGCCCAUUGCAUCAUAGAAACUCUGGAAGAGUACCUUGGCAGAUCGCUUCCAAAUGAAAGUCAAGUUGCUCCGAUCCGGAAUGGAAACGGCUCAGUGCAAGCCGAUAGCAGCAGUGCCGUUACCAGUAUCACUGCGAUGAAGAUGGAAGUGCGCAGAAAGAAGCGCCAGAGUGCUGUUGAAGCAGCAGGACUAGUCUCAAAUCUGAGGCUCGUCGCUGAUAGCACCAAGAUCCGCCCAUCGAAGGCUCUCUAUGUCCUCUCUGCUGCGAAUCCGACGUCGCUUAGGCAGAGUGUGAUGGACUAUCAAAAGUAUCUGGCAAGUCACAAGACUGACCCAGUCGAUGUCUCUUAUACCUUGGCAAAUCGAAGAGAGCAUUUGUCGCAUCGCACCUACGGCGUGGUCACUACAGAAUCCACGAAUGAUACGCCCAUAGUUCCUGAUUUCUCCCCUUUGUCCAAGACAAACAACAACUCCCUUCCUGAGAUAAACAUGAUCUUCACUGGACAAGGUGCCCAAUGGGUUGGCAUGGGCAAAGAGCUCAUGGACGAAUAUGAGACUUUUUAUAACACCAUCGCGUACUUAGGUCUCGUACUAUCCGGACUGGAGCAUCCUCCAACUUGGGAUCUGAUUCGAGAAUUAUCCAGGCCUGCAGAAUCAAGCAAUGUUGGCCGCGCCGAAUUCUCCCAGCCACUUGUCUGCGCAGUCCAGGUGGCCUUGGUCGAUCUGCUGCGGUCUUGGGGUAUUACCCCGGCCGCUGUGGUAGGCCACUCUAGUGGCGAAAUGGCUGCUGCAUAUGCAGCUGGGGCCAUAUCCUCUGAGGAGGCCAUCACGAUCGCGUACUAUCGAGGCUAUGUCAAUCAGCAGUAUACACGUGAUGGAGGCAUGGCUGCUAUUGGGAUGGGAGCCCAAGAGGUUGCCCCUUACCUUGUUGAGGGUGUGGGUGUUGCCUGCGAGAACAGUCCACAGAGUGUAACACUCUCGGGAGAUAAGGGCGUACUUGAGGAGGUCUGUCAGAAGAUCAAGGAGCAAGUUCCAGACUGCUUUGUCCGCCAACUUAAGGUAAAUGUCGCAUACCACUCACAUCACAUGCAAGACCUCGGUGGAUUGUUCGAGAACCUUUUGGAAGGCAAGGUCUACAGCCAAUCUCCGACCAUCCCUUUCUUCUCCAGUGUCACUGUCCAAAAAAUUACUGAACCGAGAAGCCUUGAUGCUGCCUAUUGGCGCCAAAAUCUGGAGAGUCCCGUACGCUUCACUGGUGCUGUGAAGCUUCUGCUCGAGGCCCGAGCGAGCACUGGUUCAAAGCAGGUGUUUGUCGAAAUUGGCCCUCACAGCGCAUUAUCUGGACCACUCCGUCAAAUCUUCAAGGCUCAUGGCAGGGGUAAAGAAGCCUAUGUCUCAGCUAUGAUUCGUGGCGAAGACUGCACUGAGUCGUUGCUCAAGCUUGCUGGUGAGCUAUUCUGCCAUGGGACAUCACUCCAGUUGUCAAAUGUCACUGCCGACGGUGAUGUUGUAGUCGACUUGCCCCCUUAUCCAUGGAACCAUGACCGAGAAUAUUGGUCUGAGAGCCGAGUCAGCAAGGAUUGGAGAUUCCGCAAAUUCCCCAACCAUGAGCUCCUUGGCUCACGAACCCUUGAAAGCAGCAGUCUACAACCUGAGUGGCGCAAUUUGAUCAGGCUUGAUGGGAUUCCGUGGCUCCGAGAUCACCAGGUCCUCAAUGACGUUGUCUUUCCUUGCGCGGGCUACCUAGCGAUGGCGGUGGAAGCGGUCCGACAGGUAGCUGGCACAUCUGAAAUAGGAGGCUUCACUCUGAAAAGUGUUGUCGUCCAGUCUGCUCUGGUUCUGACCGAAUCGAAACCGGUGGAAGUACUUACAAGUCUAAGACCAGUCAGGUUAACCAACACUCUGGACUCGGCUUGGUGGGAAUUCUCCAUCGUAGCACACAAUGGCACCAGCUGGAUCAAGCACUGCGAGGGACAGGUCAGGCCAGGCCAGGAUGCUCAUCAGAAAACGGCCGUCUUGCCGCAAAGCGAGCCCAUCAGCCAACACUACCCCCGCCUCGUGGACAAUUUGUAUCCUGAGCUUCUGAGAAUCGGCUUACGAUAUGGGCCCUCUUUCCGUGGUCUGGACAAUGUCUCGUGUGUGCCAAAUGGCAAGAAGGCCGCCGCAAUGCUACGCGAAACAACAGUAUCUGAGUCGUCCUACGCGAUACAUCCCACCACAAUCGACCACUGCCUCCAGCUGUUUUUCCCUGCUAGCUGCGACGGAGCAUUCUACAGAGCCGAGAAGCUGUGCGUUCCCACAGCAAUAGGACGCUUGUAUCUUGCUGAUGGGAAAUCGUGCGAGGUUGAGAGUGCUCGAGCGGAGGCAUCGGCCGCCACAAACUCUGGAGGCUCAAUUUCUGGAGCAGCUACCGUGGUGUCCAAGCAAAACUCUACUCUUCUCUCGCUAGAGGAUGGAAAGUUCUCUCCGCUAGAAAUGGAUCUUGCUGAGGACGGGAAUGCAGAUCUAGUUGGUACAGCACGCCUCGAAUGGAAACCUAACUUGGACUUUGCGGAUAUGUGUAGCCUGGUUCGCCCUAGCCAUGCCUCUAUGAACGACGGCCCCGAGCUUGAUCUGGUAGAGCAACUCACCUUACUCGCUAUUCUGGAGAUUCAUGAGCGCAUUGAUGGUGCCGUCACUCCUGGGGGUCAUGAUCAUGCCCACCAACACAUCCCUAAUUUCCGCGGCUGGAUUGCAGACCAAGUCACCGCAGCGGCUGAGGGUAGAUACCGCGGGGUGGUAGCAGAUGCCAGGGAGAUAGCAUCGCUUGAACGCGGAGCUAGAUUAUCCUUAAUGACCAAUCUCCGCCAACAAGUCUUGCGAACAGGAGCUGCGAGCGCUGCAGUGUUGAUCGGUCGAGUUGUUGACCACUGCGAGGAAAUUGUAAAGGGAGAGCUUGAGGGCAUCGAACUUCUUCAGGCAGAAGAUGGCCUCACCAACUAUUACAAUUAUGUCGAGUCGCGGACAGACUCUAUCGACUUCUUCGCCACUGCUGGUCACACUCGGCCCACGCUUCGUGUUCUUGAGAUUGGUGCUGGCACCGGCGGCGGAGCUCAAGUUAUCCUCGAAGGACUAACAAAUGGCAAAGAACGCCUGUUCUCGACAUAUGCAUACACGGAUAUAUCUGCUGGAUUCUUCGUCGCGGCCCAGGAACGAUUCAAGGCAUACAAGGGUCUUGACUUCAAGGUCCUGGAUAUAACCAAAGACCCCUCUGAACAAGGCUUUGAGUCAGGUUCCUUUGAUCUCAUCAUUGCUGGCAACGUUAUCCACGCCACCCCAACGUUGAACGAGACCCUUGCGAAUGUACGCAAGCUGCUUGCUCCCGAGGGCUACUUGUUCCUACAAGAGCUUUCACCCAAGAUGAGAAUGGUAAAUUUGAUUAUGGGCAUCUUACCUGGAUGGUGGCUUGGAGCCGCAGAGGGCCGAGUUGAAGAGCCGUACUUGGAUCCAUCACAGUGGGACACAGUUCUCAAGGAGACCGGGUUCUCUGGCGUUGACUCCGCCAUUUAUGAUGCUCCCUACCCCUAUCACCUGAAUGCAAACAUCAUCUCAAGGCCAGCCAAGGAGUCGGCGCCGCAGCCUCGAGCAAUAAGAGGCCGACUCACAUUGCUACAUCAUGCUGACGAUACGAACUCGUCGAGCAUCACGCAGUUGCGCGAGGUACUUGAUGCUCGUGGUCUUGAGACAGACAUGGUGGUAUUCCAUGAGCAUGAGGAGCUCAAAGCGGGAGAACAAGACGUGAUCAUUUCUCUGCUCGAGCUCAAGAAGCCAUUCUUUAGCUCCAUCUCAGCCGCCCAGCUGGAAUCAUUCCAGAGGAUAGUUGCUAAGCUCGGCAGCAUAGAGAUGAUUUGGGUCACACGGCCUGCACAGCAUGGCCUAAGUGCCUCAGACAACCCCGGCUUCGGUCUUUCGUUAGGUCUGACACGCACCCUCCGCUCUGAGCAAUCGUUAGCCAUUACGACACUUGAGAUUGACCAGGUCAAUGAUGAAUCAUUCAAAGCUGUGACGAAUCUCGCCAUAAAGGUCUUGGAUCAUCGAGAGGGCGGUAGUACCGAGUCAACGCGCGGCGCAACUACCAUGGAUCCAGACCGCGAGUAUGUGGUCGAGAAUGGCGUUGUCAAGGUUGCUAGGUACCACCCCGUAUCUCUGUCACAGGAGCUUGCGUCCAGGGCAUCCAAGCCAGAGGCAGUGACGCUUGAAAUUGGGCGCAUGGGGCUAUUGCAAACGCUCGGUUGGGUGCCGUUUCCAACGUCUGAUCCAGGCUACGGAGAGGUCACAAUCGAACCUCGAUGCGCAGGAUUGAAUUUCCGGGACGUGCUUCUCUGCAUGGGUGUCGUCGAAGCAACUGGUGUUGGCAUCGGGUUAGAGGGUUCUGGAAUCAUCACAAAGGUCGGAGCAGGUGUUGGCAAGUUCCAGCCUGGAGACCCCGUCUUCUACCUUGCCGACAACUGCUUCUCCACGCAGAUAACCAUCUCGGCUCAACGCUGCGCCAAGAUUCCGUCGCAAUUGGCGUUCGAAGAUGCUGCGACGAUGCCGUGUGUCUAUGCGACUGUCAUUCACUCUCUACUCGAUGUUGGAGGAUUGCGACCAGGGCAAUCUAUUCUAAUCCACUCAGCCUGUGGCGGAAUUGGCAUUGCAGCUCUGAACCUGUGCCGCAAUUUCCAAGGUUUAGAGAUAUAUACUACAGUGGGAAAUGAAGAAAAGGUACAGUAUCUGGUGGACAACUUUGGGCUCCCGCGCUCCAGGAUAUUCAACUCCCGGGACGCCUCGUUCCUUUACGACGUACGAGCAGCCACCCAGGGUCGGGGUGUUGACCUUGUUCUCAACAGUCUGUCUGGGGACCUGCUACAUGCUUCAUGGCAAUGUGUAGCACCAUACGGUAAAAUGCUUGAAAUCGGAAAAAGAGACUUUAUUGGCAAGGCGCGACUGGAAAUGGAUCUCUUCGAGGCCAACAGAAGCUUCAUUGGCAUUGACUUGGCUAGAUUUGAUUCAGCACGGUGUCAGAAACUAUUGGAACGCACCGCGGCAAUGAUCCAGACGGGCAUCGUACAGCCUAUCAAGCCCGUCAAAGUAUUUGACGCGUCCGAUGCUGAAGGAGCCUUUCGAUACAUGCAGAAGGGAGUCCAUCUGGGCAAAAUAGUGGUAUCCAUUCCGCCUCACAGUAGCACCGCCCUUCCUAUCACACCAAAGCCUCUACAAGUGAAACUCAAUCCCGAAGCGAGUUACCUUCUCGUGGGUGGACUCGGUGGACUCGGCCGUGCUGCUGCGACGUGGAUGGUAGAGAGCGGUGCCCGAUACCUAAUCUUCUUCUCGCGGUCAGCCGGUCUAAGUGUCAGAGACCAGGCCUUCUUCCAGGAACUGGCGUCUCAGGGCUGCACUGCGCAGGCCGUUCGGGGCGAUGUCUUGAACCUGGCUGACGUGGAGCUCGCCAUGGCCUCGGCGCCACCGGGCAAGCCCAUCAGAGGUGUCUUGCAGAUGUCCAUGGUCCUGCGCGACAAGCCGUUUGCUGACAUGAGCUUGGAAGACUGGGACACGGCAGUGAAGCCCAAGGUCCAUGGAACUUGGAACCUGCACCUUGCUGCACCCAAAGACCUCGACUUCUUCUUCGCAACAGGCUCCAUCAGCGGAUCAUUCGGCACCCCUGGGCAGGCUAAUUAUGCUGCUGGCAACACAUACCUGACAGCCCUGUUUGAGCACCGCCGUGCCCUGGGCCUGCCGGCUUCUGUACUACAGAUCGGACUGAUCGAGGACAUUGGCUAUCUAGCCAAGAACCCAGAACGUGCUGAGGCGCUGAGAGCCGCCGGAGGCUUCUUCCUGCGAACUCGACAGUUGCUCCAAGGCUUAAACUGGGCGCUCCUGUCAAGCGACCCUCAUCAUCCCGAGUACCAGCUGACGAUUGGUCUACGGAGCGACAAAGCACUAUCGGACCCAGCCAACCGCGUGAUAUGGAAGAAGGAUAGCCGUGCUGCCCUGUAUCACAACCAAGAAAUCUCCACUGACGCCGGGGCCGGCGAUGACCAGGGCAUCAACGCAAUUCGCCUCCUAGUCGCCUCAUGUGAGGAAGACCCGGGUAUCUUGGAGGAUCCGGCAACGGUUGAGCUUGUGACCAAUGAGAUUGGGAAGCGCGUGUGCAUGUUCAUGCUGCGACCUGUCGAAGAGAUGGACCCAACCGCGUCUCUGACGUCGCUUGGUGUUGACUCACUCGUCACCAUUGAGAUCCGGAACUGGAUCAAGCGCACAUUCGGGGGUGUUGAAGUUAGCACCCUGGAAAUUCUCAACUCUGGCACUAUUCAAGGACUGGCAAGACUGACAGUCGACGGGCUCAAGGCUCGGUUUGCUGCCUCUGAACAGACUGAUGGUGAUGCGUAUCUAGAAAUGAAGGCCCCAUAGAUACCUACCUAGACACUGAGCUGGGAUUUGGCUCAUAGGUAGUUUCAUAUAUUUACUUGACCCAAUCUUGAAC